AUGACAAUGAAGUUGCUUCAUGGCUGUGUCCUGCUCGUGGCCCUGCUUACGCACGCAGGGGCGGAGUUUCUGAAGAGGAGUGAGCACGCAAACAAUGCAAAUGCCUUGGCUGUGGAGCCGUCAUCCGAGCCUCCGGUGCCAGCAAAACCAAUGUUUGGACCAGAGGCCUACGUCUUGGGAGUCAUUGCUCCCGGAUCCUUCAUUGUGGGGCUCGCGGUUUGUGUCCUGCUGCGCUACUACGAGAGGCGCUACCCAUCUUCCGAUUCAGAAGUUGUCGAUCGGGAGCCCGAGAAUGUCGACGAAGAUGUGUAUGGUGCAGGGGUUGCAACUUUGGUGCGGGAUUCCUACAGUCUGAUCGAAGGCAAGGGCAGUCUGAUUCUUCGGAUCUCCCGCUUGUCCAGCUCUUUCUUGCUGAUGCUCUUUGUUAUCUUUCUGCAGAUUUUCAUCAUCAUGCAAAUGCAGAAGCUUGUCGCAAGCCGCGCGGUCACAGAAAUUCGGCAGAUCUACGGCCGCUAUGAGUUUGUCAUGUAUGGUGCGGAGAUGUCGCACGUGUAUUUGACCCCGAAUGGCUUCCCACGUGGGGUGGACAAGAAGUACUUCGACCCCGCAAACUUCGGCCGCCUCACCGAAAGCGAGCAGGCCUCGGCAUGCAGAAUCCCCUUCUCGCAACCCCAGCUCUUGCUGCCGAUCCUGUUCAUUUGGACGCUUACAAUCGUGGCAGACCUGCGGCGAUGCGGGGAUUUGUUUGUGCGCUUGAUCUUGGCUACGCCAACGAUCACAUCAAUGCGUGAUGCUAUCGUGGAGGGGGAGGGCGAAUGUGAAGUGGUUGUCGGCCUGACUGCGGUGCUCAAAUCAGUGUUGAUGGCCGCUUGCAUCGUCCCUCGUUACUUGAUCGAUGUUUACCUGCUCUGGCUCGGAUGCCGCUGGCUUGCGGCCACUCCAAGCUUUGGAGAUUUGCUGCUCAACGCCGUCGCGCUUGAGUUCAUCCUCCUUUUGAAGGACACGCUGUAUGCCGGCGUAGUGCCUGAUAGGAACAAACGUGCAACCCAGAACACCCUCAUCCAGCCCUGGCAGAAGAGAGAGCCAGCCAACUACCGUGUCUUUCUGUCGUCCUUUCUCUUGAUCUUGGUGAGCUGCUCCUGGGUGCCAAGGGCUUUGCAAGACGGUGAAGUAUGUGAAGUGAUCGUCAAGCCACAGAAGCGAAGCCUUGGUGCACAGGUGCUGUACUAUGUCUACCGCUUCCAAGCCGUCCUUCCCGACUACAAAUGGGAUGUGGCAUCCGUCUGCGUGCCUCGCUGUCAGAUCGGCAUGGCAUAUCGUGAGGUAGAGCAGAUCGACGCCUCGAUGCCCACCAGCACGGAAGGGAAGUGUGUCGACACGCUGGAUGCGCUUGAGCGUUGCAGCAAUGUGUUGUCCAGCAGCCCUGUAGUGGGUGUCGAUGUUGAGCGGCAUUGGCUACAAUCUUACGAAGGGUAUGUGUGCUUGAUCCAGCUCUCCACUGCAAAGGCCGGUGGCAAGGUCUUCCUGCUAGAUUGUCUAUGCCUUUCACGAGAAGACGUCAAGGGCUACAUUGGCAAGGUGCUGGAAAACCCUGCCAUCCUGAAGGUGUUCCACGCAGCGGCCAACGACAUCUCCUGGCUGCACAAGGAGUUCUCGAUUGUCAUCAGGUGCAAACUCGACACUCAGGCUCUCGCCCAACUUCUUUGCUGUCCCAUUCAAAGAUUGACGGAUCAAUGGUCUGUGUUUUGCAAUAUGCAUGCGACCGCGAACCUGAAGUCGCGGCUGCAGUGCUCGGAUUGGCGGCGGCGCCCGCUUUCCUCCAUCCAGGUGGCUUAUGCUGCAGCUGACGCCUACUUUCUACUCAGAAUCGCUGCAUUCUUGCUGCGCGUGGCAGUGCUGCUACGCCCAUCGGACUUCGAGACGAACACCUGGGUGGAGACAAGUCUUGACGAGCCACGCAGGCAGUUUCUGAUGUCCGGGAGCGAAGGUUGGAGUUGGCCUGAAUGGCAAACACCCUCUCAAGUCGCAAAGCUUUGUGCAGGUUCAGGCACCUCGAUUUGGCAGCGCCUUUCCACAGUCGCAGAUCGACCAGGAAGCUUGCCAUCACGAGGUACCACUCUGCGCAAAGCACUCCGAAUCACUGCUGGCUCUGCUGCCUCGCCGAUGCGCUCAGCUGAUGUUGAGGGGUUGGCAUCAUGGCGCAACCAAGUGGCUGAACUUGCUGAUGUGUCCCCACAAUGGGUCGUGCCAGACGCGGUUCUAGCACGGGCAGCAGCCGCUCCCACGUCUGCAGAGGCUGAAGUUGCUUUGGGCACAAUCUUGGAGACGGAUCUGCGGGAAGAUCCUGAGCUCGAACAGGCUUUGACGGGAGAUGUUGCGCAGGUGGCGCGGCAAGCUCACCUUUCAGAGCUUGCACAAACAGAUCUGCUCGAGCACCUCUCAGCGAUACGACAAGGUCGGCAUCUUGCGCACACGCAGGAAGCUCCUGCUGGCGGUUCGGCUCGGUGGUGGCUCCCUUUCCCAUCAGCAGCUGCCUUCCAGGAGGCCGUCGCAAGGCUACCACAGAGGCAGCAGAAUCGAGUCAUGCAGGAGCCGCUGCGGAAGCGUGCCAGGUUCUUGAGCUUUGUGCAGCGGGUGGCCGCCAAAGGACCAGUUUACGAGAACUGCAGGAUUCUCGCCCCCGACGGACAAUUGCUUUGCACUGUUGACAAGAAGAAACUAAAUUGGUAUGUGCGGCGCGGCCUCGCUAGGCCUGAGGAAGGCCAGACUGACUGCAUCCGUCUUUGCUUUGAGCCUCGUGGUCGCUUCGGUAUCCGUAAACAGGUUGGUCCUGACUUCUUUACGAAUGUGCCCGACGAGCAUAUGCAGCAGCGGGAGCGUUUCUACACGUCCGUAAAGGAGAACCGCUGUGUGGUUUGCGGGAGCGAUGUCCACAUGGCCAGGUACCAUCUUGUGCCAAGCUGUUUUCGAAGCUUCUUGCCCGCAUCACACCAGCCUGGUUCUCAUGACGUGUUGCUCCUGUGCGUUCCAUGUCACCACAAAGCCUCGACGGAGCAUGGACAGCAUGUCAAGGAAAGUCUCGCGAAAGAGGUUGGUGUUGACAUGCCGAAAACAACGCCAAGCAAAAGUGAUCCGAGGCGUCGAGCUGCGAUGUGUGCCACAGGCUUGCUCAAAGGCGGUGACAACGUCCCUUGGCCACGUGCUGAAGAGGUCUUCCAGCGCAUCCUGGCUGCGUGGGAUCUGGGCGAUGACUUGACAUGCCUCGACCCGGAGGUCACAGCAGCAGAUGGGUUCGCCGAGUACGCACAGGUAUUCAAAGAGAAGGCACCUCUUCUUCUCACGAGACUCGAAGGGCGGUGGCCUGGAGCGACAAAGGUUCUUUGGAGCGCAUCACAGUGGAGUGAUCCGGGUCGUCAUCCAGGAGCUCGCUGCAGGAAUCAGCAUGAGGCGGAGGUUGGACGCAGAACUGUUGAGGCAUGGAUGGAUGCAAAGCGUGACUUGGGGGACCUGGUGUGUAGAUGCAGAGCGCAUUUUGUAGAAGUUAUGCAUCCAGAGUUCUUGCCUGCGCAUUGGGAUGUGACUCAUCGAAUUGCAGUGCGACGUCUUUGA